CUAAUCAGCACUAUUGCAAUCCACCCUUGCGCAGCUCAGACGAACCACCAAGAUGCUGGAAUACUUUUCCUACAAAAAGUACAAAAAGUACAAAGAAGAGAAAGAGACCGCAGCAAAGGAGAAUCCAAAGAAGGACUCCAACGCAGCGAAGGAUGCAAGCAAGGAGGAGGCUAAAAAGGACGAAAACUACGACUCCUCCGCCUCGGAGCUCAUCCCUCCCCAAAAGGCCGUCCUCAAGCCCGAAGACGAGCGCUUCCUCGAGGAGCUCCUUGCCCAGAGCGACGAUGGCCCUCCGCCGCCGCUGCCCCCGCGCAUCUACACAUACGACGUAGACUGGCACUCAGACACCGAGGUCUCCGACGUUGAAUCAAAGAAGACCACCGAUGACGAGACAGACGAAGCAGGAAAGGCCAGAACCACAGGCGCAAAGGAAGACGAGGAUGUCAAGGCAAAGGAAAAGGCAGAAAAGAAGCCCAACAGGCUCUCCCUGCUCUUCACAAGAAACAAGAAGACAGCCGAGCCCGUCAAGGCCAGCACCACCCUCCAGCCCGACAACGCCGAAGCCGUGCUCCCCAAGGAAGUCGAGCGCGAAAAGAAGGACCUCAAGCGCGUCCUCGACCGCCUCAACCUCUCCGCGCGCAACAACAAGGCCGUAGCCCCAGCUUCCGCCUCCGCCUCCGAUGCAGACGUCGACUCGUCCGACCUUCUCCAGCGCUUCACCCAAGUCUUCCGCGACCUCGUCAGCGGCGUGCCCACCGCCUACGACGACCUGACCAAGCUCAUGGAGGACCGCGACGGCACCAUCAGCAAGCUCUUUGACAAGCUGCCCUCGUCGCUGAAGAAGCUCGUCACGCAGAUGCCCGACAAGCUGACGACGACGCUCGCGCCGGAGCUCCUCGCGGCGGCGGCCGAGUCGCAGGGCAUCAAGGUCGGCCAGGGCGGCAUGAAGGGCGCCGCCAAGAGGAUGCUCAUGGGCAAGAACCUGGCGAACCUCAUCAAGACGCCCGGGGCGAUUGUGGGGAUGCUGAGGGCGAUUGUCGAGGUGUUGAAGUCGAGGUGGCCGGCGUUUAUCGGCAUGAAUGUCAUUUGGAGCGUAGCCCUAAGCUUGCUCCUGUUGGUCCUCUGGUACUGCUACAAGCGCGGCCGCGAGGAGCGCAUUCUUCGUGAAGAAGCCGACGCUGGAGCUGAAGCCAGCAGCAGGCGUUACGAGGAGCUGAGUGAUGAUGAUGAGGAAGCCGGUCAGAACGACAAAACGGACACCCGGGCCACCGAGGCGGAGGAAGCCGCGGGCGCUAUCCCGGUCAUCAUCACUUCACCAGAGGGCGAAGUACUCGUGACGGAAGUGCCCAAAGACGCAACUACACCCGAUGUCGAGGCGCCGCCUUCAGAUGCUCCCGCAGAGCAAACUCGCUCCUAA